UCCGGUGACGUCUCGGGCGGGGGGGUGGGGGGCACGUCGGCCUAGUCGGCAGCGUCGGCUGCCGUGCCUGAGUCGUCCGCUGGAAAAUGGCGGAAUACUUGGCCUCCAUCUUCGGCACCGAGAAAGACAAAGUCAACUGUUCGUUUUAUUUCAAAAUCGGAGCAUGUCGUCAUGGAGACAGAUGUUCUCGCUUGCACAAUAAACCGACCUUUAGCCAGACCAUCUUGAUUCAAAACAUCUAUCGUAAUCCCCAAAACAGUGCACAGACGGCUGACGGCUCACACUGUGCUGUGAGCGACGUGGAGAUGCAGGAGCACUAUGAUGAGUUCUUUGAGGAAGUCUUCACUGAGAUGGAAGAGAAGUACGGGGAGGUUGAGGAGAUGAACGUCUGUGACAACCUAGGAGACCACCUGGUGGGGAACGUGUAUGUCAAGUUUCGACGUGAGGAGGAUGCAGAGAAAGCUGUGAUCGACUUGAAUAAUCGCUGGUUUAAUGGGCAGCCGAUCCAUGCAGAGCUGUCCCCAGUAACUGACUUCAGGGAAGCCUGCUGCCGCCAGUACGAAAUGGGGGAGUGCACAAGAGGGGGCUUCUGCAACUUCAUGCAUCUGAAGCCCAUCUCAAGAGAGCUGCGACGGGAGCUGUAUGGGCGCAGGCGCAAGAAGCAUAGAUCCAGGUCCCGAUCCAGGGAACGGCGUUCGAGAUCCAGAGACCGUGGGCGCGGUGGUGGAGGAGGAGGUGGAGGCGGCGGAGGACGGGAACGUGACAGGAGGCGGUCAAGAGACCGGGAGAGAUCUGGACGAUUCUGAGCCGAGCUGUUUUUACCGUGUGUCUGCUAGACAGUGUUGUAGUUGGUUGACAAGCCAGUUCAUAAUGGGAUUUUUUUUUUAAAAAACAACAAAAAAAAACAAAGAUGGGUUUCUGAAUAAACUUUGUAGUGAUACAGUA